AUGUCUUCUAUUAGGAGUUCGACUUUUGGAUUGCAAAUACCUGAAACAAUGAGAUGUGCCGGACAAGCAGCAAAAAGUCGGAGAGAGAAGAAAUUCAAAAAGAGAAAUACUAUGGCGAAAAUUCGAUCGAGAUUGGGAAGGGUGUUUGGGAGGGUGUGGGAAUUUUGGCAUGAUUUCAAAAAGUGGAGAAGAGAUGCUGAAGAAGCGAGACAAAGACGUGCGGAUAGAUACGAUAACCAUAUGGUGAAUCCUGAUGAUAUAUGGUGA